ACCACCUGCCCACCCACCCUUUGGGGUUUUCCCACGCGGACAUGGGUACGGUGGUAGGGCUACGGGCUACGGGCUACGGGCAUGGCGUGGCGUCCCUCCCCGGGGAAAACUACGACGCGACGACGCCCUUUCCAGCCUCCACCCACCCGGGCUCCGAUGCUAUAUAUCCCCCGGCUCCCUCCCCGAACCCCCCAACUAUCCUCCACACUACAACAGAAGCAAGCGUACGCGGUGCAGGAAAUGGACAGCGCAAGCAGCCUCGUGGACGACACCAGCAGCGGCGGCGCGUCCACGGACAAGCUCAGGGCUCUGGCCGCGGCCGCCGCCGAGGGGGCGACGCUGGAGCGCAUGGGCAGCGGCGCCAGCGCGGUCGUGGACGCGGCCGAGCCGGGCGCCGAGGCGGACUCGGGCUCCGCGGGCCACGUCGGCCCGGCGGCCGCGGCGGGCGUGGGCGGGAAGCUGCCGUCGAGCAAGUACAAAGGCGUGGUGCCGCAGCCCAACGGGCGGUGGGGCGCGCAGAUCUACGAGCGCCACCAGCGCGUGUGGCUCGGCACCUUCGCGGGCGAGGCCGACGCCGCGCGCGCCUACGACGUCGCCGCGCAGCGCUUCCGCGGCCGCGACGCCGUCACCAACUUCCGCCCGCUCGCGGACGCCGACCCGGACGCCGCCGCCGAGCUCCGCUUCCUCGCGUCCCGCUCCAAGGCCGAGGUCGUCGACAUGCUCCGCAAGCACACCUACUUCGACGAGCUCGCCCAGAACAAGCGCGCCUUCGCCGCCGCCGCGUCCGCGCCGAAGACCUCGGCGCUCGCCGCCAGCGCCCUCUCCCCCUGCUCCGCGCCCCCCUCCCUCGCCGCCGCGCGGGAGCACCUGUUCGACAAGACGGUCACCCCCAGCGACGUGGGCAAGCUGAACCGGCUGGUGAUCCCGAAGCAGCACGCCGAGAAGCACUUCCCGCUGCAGCUCCCGUCCGCCGGCGGCGAGAGCAAGGGCGUGCUCCUCAACUUCGAGGACGCCGCGGCGGGCAAGGUCUGGCGGUUCCGGUACUCGUACUGGAACAGCAGCCAGAGCUACGUGCUCACCAAGGGCUGGAGCCGCUUUGUCAAGGAGAAGGGACUCCAGGCUGGCGACGUCGUCGGCUUCUACCGCUCCGCGGCCGGCGCCGGCGCCGACAGCAAGCUCUUCAUCGCCUGCAGGCUGCGGCCCAGCGGCGUCACCGCCUCGAAGGCCCCCGCAGCGGAGCCAUCGUCGGCGCCGGCGGCGAAGGCCGUGCGGCUCUUCGGCGUGGACCUGCUAACGGCGCCGGCCCCCGCGGCGGCGCCAGCGGAGGCCAUGGCCGGGUGCAAGAGGGCCAGGGACCUGGCGGCGCCCUCGCAGGCGGCGUUCAAGAAGCAGCUCGUGGAGCUCGCGCUAGUGUAGAUUAAUGCCUUGCUACCGGGCGACCGAUCUCUCUUCCUCUCUAGCUAGUCCCUUUUUUUUCGCUCGAUCGCCAAAAACUCCAAGAUGGUAGCAUCACCGAGCUGAAUUAGUCCCCUCUCGGCGUCUCACCUAGUUGGUUCGUUCGUUGAUUUCCUUUUCAUCAUCUUGCUCUUCGCUGCCGAUGUAAAUCUUCUCAUCAAGUGUAUACUACUAAUGGAGAAAAGAAAACAGCCCUAGAAGGCUACAAGAUGACCAACUGACACAGAAGCAGCAGCAACAUUCCAAACAGCAUAGCUAACCCCCUUGUACUACUGUACUUUCGUGCGUCGGUUCAACAAGAGACAUCUCAAAGUUUCAGAUUCCAAUUA